AAGCCGGAGCCGGGAACCCGUCCGCACCGCCUCAGCCGCGGGCCCCGCCGGCCGGGCAGCCCCCUCCCCGCGCGGGCGGGGAGCGCGCGGCCGCCUCCCCCUCCCCCUCCCCCUCUUUCUUCUCCUCCCUCGUCGCCGCCGCCGCCGCCGCCGCCGCCGCCUCAGCCUUCGCCUCAGCCGCCGCCGCCGCCCGCUCCCGCCCGCGCGCGGCGGGAUGGACGAUCAAUCCAGGAUGCUGCAGACUCUGGCCGGGGUGAACCUGGCCGGCCACUCGGUGCAGGGGGGCAUGGCCCUGCCGCCUCCCCCGCACGGCCACGAAGGGGCGGACGGCGACGGCAGGAAGCAGGACAUCGGCGACAUCCUCCACCAGAUCAUGACCAUCACCGACCAGAGCUUGGACGAGGCGCAAGCAAAGAAACAUGCCCUCAACUGUCACAGAAUGAAACCCGCGCUCUUCAGCGUCCUGUGUGAGAUCAAAGAGAAAACAGGUCUCAGCAUCAGAGGAGCCCAGGAGGAGGACCCUCCCGAUCCCCAGCUAAUGAGACUGGACAAUAUGCUUUUGGCAGAAGGGGUUUCAGGUCCUGAGAAAGGUGGGGGAUCGGCGGCAGCAGCUGCAGCCGCGGCAGCCUCUGGAGGUUCUUCAGAUAACUCUAUUGAACACUCAGAUUACAGAGCCAAAUUGACCCAGAUCAGACAAAUCUAUCACACAGAACUGGAGAAAUAUGAACAGGCAUGUAAUGAAUUCACUACACAUGUGAUGAACCUUCUCCGAGAGCAGAGUAGAACACGUCCCAUUUCCCCAAAAGAGAUUGAAAGAAUGGUGGGCAUCAUCCAUCGAAAAUUUAGUUCCAUUCAGAUGCAGCUCAAACAAAGCACUUGUGAAGCAGUUAUGAUUUUAAGAUCAAGGUUCCUUGAUGCCAGACGAAAAAGGCGUAACUUCAGUAAACAAGCCACAGAAAUCUUGAAUGAAUAUUUUUACUCACACCUCAGCAACCCCUACCCCAGUGAAGAAGCCAAAGAGGAGCUGGCCAAGAAAUGCAGCAUCACAGUGUCCCAGGUAUCCAACUGGUUUGGCAACAAACGAAUCAGGUACAAGAAGAAUAUUGGCAAGUUUCAGGAAGAAGCCAACCUCUACGCUGCAAAGACAGCCGUGACAGCCGCACACGCAGUGGCCGCAGCUGUGCAGAACAACCAGACCAAUUCGCCCACCACGCCAAAUUCUGGUUCUUCUGGUUCUUUUAACCUCCCAAAUUCUGGGGACAUGUUCAUGAACAUGCAGAGUCUGAAUGGGGAUUCUUACCAAGGGUCCCAAGUCGGAGCCAAUGUGCAAUCACAGGUGGAUACCCUCCGUCAUGUUAUCAAUCAGACGGGAGGCUACAGUGAUGGCCUUGGAGGAAAUUCACUGUACAGUCCACAUAAUUUAAAUGCUAAUGGAGGCUGGCAGGACGCAACAACUCCAUCUUCUGUGACUUCUCCUACAGAAGGCCCAGGAAGUGUGCACUCUGAUACCUCUAACUAAUCUCUGGCAACACUUUUCCCUGCGCUGACAUGCCUCGCUAGUGCAUUCAGAGCAAUAGGAGGAGAAGGAAAGCGGUUUUGGGCCCACCAUCUGCAGCUUUACUGUAAAACCUUGUCUUAUUAGAGAACUUGGUCAUCUGUUUUUUAAAGAGUCAUAAUCAUUUGUAUUUAUACUUAAAAACACACAAUGUUUAAAAAAAAAAAGCACUUUAUCCAAUUAGGCCAAGAUUUAACAUUGUUGACAGUCCUGUAGCUAUUUUAUCAUAAUUUAUUAUCAAUAUUUUACAUUAAUGGUUUCACAGUUGCCAAUUACUUGGCCUUAAGGGUAAAAAAGUACAAUGUAUGCUAAACCUCAGUGGUUAAAGCAGAUGCAAAGACUCACCUCACCUAAACUGAACUCGCGUGUUUCCAUUGCAGACUUUGCUUGUCCCUCUUUCAUAUCGCUAAUGGAGCUGGAAUAAAGGAGCUGUUGGGCUAUCUCUGUUAAUGAUGGUUGUGCUUAAGACUCUUCCUCGUCACGUUGUGUUGCGAUCUCUUUAUGUUUUAAUUAGAUCAGAGACUGGUGGCAUCUUUUCUCUCUCUGAAAGCACCAGUGCCCAGAGUCUGCUUGGUAAUUAAAUUAUGGAUCCAGACUGUUCUGGGAGAUGAAGGUACUUGCUGCUGAUGGAGGUGAACAUGAGAUCCAUCUGGGUUUUACGAUGUGCGCUGGGUGCUGCACAGACUUGUCAAGGUUUGCUACGUCCUCUGGGCAUUGACCAAGGCCCUGCUCUCUGGAGUGUUGUAUAUAGUGUAGCAAAAGAGUAUUUAUACAUCUCACCAAUCAAAACACAGCUUUAUUACCUCAUGCGAACUCAUACAAACCAAUAGAAUUUCAACAUGUUCUGUAGCUUAGAGUGCUCACUUACUACCUCUGAACAAUACUCACGCUGUAGUUUGUCUCUUUCUUAUCUUUUUGCAUCUUGUAAUUAACUCUUUGUUUCCCUUCAUAAAAUGUAAUGUACAUUGUAAUCUUUUAAAAGAAAAAUCAGGGUUGCAUUUGCAACUUUUAAAAAACCGAGAGUGGAAACAUUGGGUCUUUAACACAGAAUCAGUAAAACUGUUGUAAAUACUGAGAAACAUUUUGAAUGUUCUUCAUCUUGUUACUAAUUCAUGCAAAAAAAAGAAAAAAAGCGGCGACUAAUUGUGAUGCAUUUGGAUUUCAGUAUUCAGUACUGUAUAUUUCACCCUGUGUGAUGGGCCCCCCUCCUUUCUCUCUUUUUGUAUUGUAUGCGAUUCUGAAACUGAUUGAGUCAUGAAAAUAAUUUGUGGCGGUGAUUCUAAUGUAUUAAAAGCGUUUCGUGUUCCUUUCUAACUGGAUUACACCCUGGAUUGAAAAAGUCUUCCUCGUGGUAGUUAUAUGUAGUUUCAAACAUGAAUAAACUUUUUGCUUUCAUGAUUAAA